GUUUCAGAUAUUUUCAAACUAGUUCUCUUAGAGCAAAAAGGAUAUAUAAAUUGGGUAUAGAUGCUUAGAGAACAUUAUUGCAAUUAAAGGCAAAAACAAAAGUGCAAAUUUAAAAUUACAAAUAGUAUUCAAAUGAUUCACAACUUUUCGGAUGUUUAACGAAAUUUUAAAUUCGAUAAUGAAAUCAUAAAAAUAUGAGGGCCCUGCAAGGGUUAAAGCAACUAUCGGCGAACAUUCCAUCUUUAAGUGUGACCACGCCGCGGCCAGUGUGACUGUCGGCCACCAGACCAAACUGAAACACUGUUCGUCGACUGACGCGAAACCCAAAAAUUAUAAGUAAUUCAAUUGGAGGAAAGUUCGGAGGUCUGUAUUUCUUGAGCCCAUCGCCUGGCCAGUGAAGCAUUUGUGUCGAUAUACGGAUCGCAUUCGGGCGAUCCCCACAUAGAUAUAGCCAGCCGAGGGCCGAUAACCAAUCCCCACGAAGCUCGCAGAACAAAAGAGAAAUUUUUUGCGUGGUCACCACCAGACGUGGAAUUGUUCGGGUGAAUUGUCGAAACCAUAUAGAGUUCCGUAAAAUGCAAUAGUUACGGGCCGUAGCACAACCAAUACGUUUUGCAGCAGGUGAAAGUCGGUCCGUAGAGUCAGCAGCAUCAGAAGAAGCGGCGGAAAAACUACGCCACAAACAAACAAAAACAGUGAGAGAGGCGAAAACAGAUUUGGUAGCACAACUGCGCAUUGUUUCCCAGAGUACCAGCGGAUCCGAGAAAUGCCGGAAGAAGAGCCGCCACAAAAGCCCAUGGAGGAGGAGGAGGAUGAUGAUCAGGAGCAGGAUCAGGAUCAGGACCACGAACAGGAUCAGCACGAACAGGAUCAGCAGCCCCAGUUAGCGCAGGGCGAGAUACCCGGUCAGCAACUGCCUGAGCAACCCAACCCCGAUGUGCAGCCGCAACAGCCGGCCGAGUCUGUGGUGGUCACCGAAUUAUCCGCAGAAGAGAUGCGCGCCCGUCGUCUUCGGACUUUGGCUGCCCGAAGUGGCAUCCAGUGUGCCCUGGCGCCCCUGACUACUACGCCACGGAAGCCGACCAACGUCUCUGGCGAGUCUCGACUGGUACGUGAGGCCACGCCCGGCGAAAAGGAGGUAUCGCUGCCCACUUCGGCGCCCGCUUGGAGGGAACUGAGCGGAAAACCGGACAUGGAUGUGGAGAUGAAGUCGGUGGUCUCGACACCAAUGCAAGAUGUGGAUAUGACGACAGCGCUCAGCCUGCCAACAGCCGAGGCCACCAAAAGGAGUGUGUUGCAGAGUUGCAAGAUAUCCGCUGGAAAUGCCGAGUUGUCCAUUGAAACUGUAGUCGGUCCAAAAAAAAGUGCGGAUGAGCAAAACGAACAAUUGCUCUCCCGCCUACUGAAUGCCACGUGGAAUGAGUACGGUAGCGGGUCCAUCAUUUGUGCCCAGAGUGCCAGCUUCCUGGAGCAGCAGCCACACCGCAGAUUCGACUUCGAGUGCAUUGUGGCCAAUGUGCUCAUGGAGGCUGUUUUGAAGAUCUACAACGGUGAGCUGAUCGAAGGAGAUGGCGUUUCUGUUAAAGCGGACGAUAAAGAGUUCUCCUCUGCCAAGAAAAUUAAAUCAGAUGAUACGGAAGUACAGGAAAUCCUUGCCAACGCAGUAGCCACCGGUGGAGCAACUGCCAGCGGAGAAACUGCGGCUGCGGCUGCUGGCGCAUCUGGACCAAUUGAAGCAACUAGUAGCGAGGCAGCUGGUACUUGCGUGGCUCCACCAGUGCUUAGCAUCGUUGCCACCACCAAACACCACGUGCUGCUCUAUUUAAUCCGUUGCUACCAGAACUAUCAGACAGAGUGCUCCCGAAAGACGCCGCUCACCCAGCCUGCUCUGCAGCUGGCGUUUGAACAGGUGAUGCGAAUGACCGUCUUGGUGCUCACCGAUCGCAUUUACCAGAAUCUCAACGGCCACAUGGAUCAGUCUGCUCUGCUGGAUCUGAUGUACAUGGCCAAGGUGAGCGAGCCUUUCCUCAUCGACUUGAUAGCCCACACUCACCAGGAUCGCGAAGCAUUCGACACAAUUUUCAGUCAGGUGCUUCGUGGCCUCUUUGCCGGAAUGCAGCGCAAUAUCUGCACUUCCAAGAUCAGUGUGCAGCAAAUCGAAUGGCUGUCCAAACUGGUGGUCAUCAAGGUGGGCAGUGUGCGACCCAUCGCAGAUCUCGUAUCCAGGCAGCCCAACUUCCUGCCACCCAUCUGCACAAAGAUCUCCGGUCGAGAAAUAGUAAAAUGCAGCUUUCUGGGACCCUUCCUUUCCGUGUCGCUGUUCGCUGAGGAGAACAUCAAGUUUGCGGAGUUUACCACCAAGAACAAGCUUGAAGAUGCAUCCAGCUCUCGAUUGCGAUGGGAGCUGCACUCAAUGCGCACCAAUAUGCACGUAGUGUUCCAUUCACUGUGCGUAAAUGCUAGCAGUCGUCCCAAGACGCUGGAAUACAUCGCCAGUAUCCUUCGGCACAACGAUCGUCGUGUGCAGUUCGCCAGCGACGAAAAGCUGCUGGCCAGGGACGGUUUUAUGAUUAACCUGAUGAGCGUGCUGCAGCAGCUGUCGGUGAAGAUCAAGUUGGACCGCAUUGAGCCAAAUUUCCAUUACUACAAGAACUCGCUCGUUAACAUCGAGCAGGACACGAAGAUUAGGUACAGCGAGGAGGAGUACCGCAACUUCCUGGCCCGUGAUUUUAGCCAGCCCGUGGAGAACACAAACUUCCAGACGCAGUGUUGGUUCCUCACCCUACAGGCCCAUCAUCUGGGCUACCUGCCUGCCAUCCAGCGCUAUCGCCAAAAGGUGCGCGCCAUUAAAGAGCUGCAGAAACUCAUCGACGAACUGGACCGUACCAAGUCCCAUUGGAUGAACUCCCGCUACGCCAAUCGUAAUAAUCAGUUUAAGGAACGCUGGGAAAAGCAACUGCGAAAGCUAAAUCGAUCAAAAACCUGCUGCGAGAUCACUCUUUUGGAUCCGGGCCUGCUCCAGCGCUGCACGGAAUUCUACUCUACUGUCUGCGAGUUCAUGCUAUACCAGUUCGAGGGACGCCCGAUCGAGGGACCCUUCAUCUCCAAACUGCCCGUGCAGCAGCUAUUACCAACGGAUGCAUUUUCCGCACUGCCCGAGUGGUACAUCGAUGACAUCGCUGAGUUCAUCCUGUUCACCAUGCAGCAUGCCAACAUGGACAUCCGUCAGGGCAUCGACCACUCGAUCAUCACCUGGCUGCUGACCUGCGUCUGCGCAUCGCACCUCAUCAAGAAUCCAUAUGUGACUGCCAAACUGGUUGAGGUGAUGUUUGUGUUCUCCUUGAAGCCAGCCAACUCGGUUAACGCGGCGAUGUGGAACCAUGAGUUGGCCCAGAACGCCCUGGUCAGCUCACUGAUGAGAUUCUAUGUGGACGUAGAGACAACGGGCCAAAGCACUGAGUUUUACGAUAAGUUUACCAUUAGAUAUCAUAUUAGCCAUCUGUUCAAGUCCAUGUGGGAGAACCCCAUCCACCGGCAGGCCGUUAUUUGUGAAUCCCGGGUGGGAAAUCAGUUCGUAAAGUUUGUCAAUAUGCUGAUGAACGACACCACCUUUUUGCUGGACGAGUGCUUGGAGAACCUGAAGCGCAUACAUCAGACCCAGCAGCUGCUAUCAGAUAAGGCCAAUCUCAGCAAGAUGAGCGCGGAGCAGCAGCAGAGCCGACUUACUCAGCUGGCGACGGACGAGCGCCAGUGUCGCUCCUACUUGACCUUGGCUCGCGAGACAGUCGAUCUGUUUCACUAUCUGACAAGCGACAUUAAGGAGCCGUUCAUGCGCGACGAGCUCGUAGAUCGACUGAGCUCCAUGCUGAAUUUCAAUCUGAAACAGCUGGCCGGGCCCAAGUGCAACGACCUGAAGGUCAAGAACCCGGCAAAAUACGGCUGGGAGCCACGCAGUCUGCUGGCCCAGAUCUUCGACAUAUAUCUCCACCUGGACUGUGAUAGAUUCGCUGAGGCCCUGGCUGCCGACGAGCGCUCCUUCGACGUUCAAAUCUGCAAUGAGGCAGCAUCGAGGAUAAAGCGACUGGCCCUCCGAUCGGCGGUAGAGGUAGAGCGAUUCAAGGCGCUCACACAGAGAGCUCACGAAAUCUAUGUUACCAACCUACAGACUGAAGAUGAAUGCGCCGACGCACCCGAUGAGUUCAAGGAUCCGCUGAUGGACACGCUAAUGUCGGACCCCGUGGUGCUUCCCUCCGGCACGGUGAUGGAUCGGGCGAUUAUUACCCGCCACUUGCUCAACAGCUGCACGGACCCGUUCAACCGACAGCCACUCACCGAGGACAUGCUGGUGGCCAACAUUGAGCUGAAGCAGCGCAUCGACGCCUGGCGCAAGGAGCAGCGUGGCAAGCGGAACAAUUGCUAAGUCGCGCACCCUUUAACCCAUACUGCUAUACUUAGGACUAGUUUAAUGUGCAGUUUUAGUGUCUACCUAUCUUCUACAUAUAAAUAUAAAUAUUCUUUGUGCAGGAUUUAGUUUAUUUGUGGUGCCCCCGAUUUUUGGGUGGCCUGCAAGUAGCAGUUACCAUUAAUCACCGCUCCCGUUAGGAGUCCUAAUAAUUUAGAUGUUUGAAAAAUAUUGAAAAUUUUCGCAAAUCUUUCGUUGUUUUUCUACUUGGUUGCGAAAAAAACGACACAAUACCGAGUUGUGCGGGUAAUUUGGUGAUUUAAAAAAUUAAAUUUACUUGCAAUUGGAUUUCCAAAU